AUGGGCAAACUCACCAUCAAGGUGCAAAAAUGCCAGCUGUACCGACCUGCCGUGAAUGGCGGCUCCUCUAUCAAUCCGCGCGUCACCGUCAUCGUGGAUGGGACGUACCGCUUCCAGACGCGCGUCAAGAAAGAUACAUUCGAACCGCACUACCACGAGAGUUUCUUCGUGGGCAGCACGCAUCGUCUCGCCGUGAUUGAGAUAUCCGUCUACGAUGUUCAGGAACCGAUAGGGCUGGCGCUGCCGGGCAUCGGCAUCGUGACUGCGGCGCGAGGUGUGGUGCGCACUCAAAACUGCACGAUGAUGGAUGACUCGGAUCAGGCAAGUGCGAUGAACAACGGCGUGAUGGGCGCUGGCGCGAGUGCCGGCGCCGGAGGUUCUUCGUCUGGCUCGACACCGCCGGUUCUUCUCGGGCGCUGUUACAUUGCCACGCAGCGACUCGUGCACGACCAGCGCAAACGUCGCACCUUCCACCUCGGCACCCCGCUGGGUCCUCUAACGUCCGCCUCUCUGGACGACUCGGAGACUUCAAUGUCAGCUGGAGAAAAACGGGGAAACCCGCCGCACAAGCCCGGCGAGCAGGAAGGCUCCUCCCUUCUCGGACAGUCUCUCCCACCAGGCAUUGCCGGGACGGUGACCAUCUCGUUGGAGUCCGACACGCUUGGUGACCCGCCAAACCGCCUGCGCCUCGAUGAGGCACUGGAAGAGCAGAACGUGCGCGGGCUGCGCCGCUUUUUUCUUUGCUACGAUAAACCGAAGGUUCAGUUGCUCGAUGUAUUGAUGUCUCACGUGCGGAACCCGUCGGAGCUGGUGGAAAAUGAUGGCCUCAACAGCGUUAAAAACUCCCUCGCACCGCCAAAGACGGGCGAGAAACAAAAAGCGACGUCAUCCACACCGCGGCCGAGCAUCCGCAAUGGAAGCUUGACAUCGUACACGCACAGCCGCGUCUCCUCCACGGCGAAUGCUGCGGCGGCGAACGAGGACACCCUCGAGCCGAUGCCGUUGUCGGUCCACCGGGAUGGUUUGCACGAGGCCACCGCAGCAGCAAAUAACGGAGGCGACAAGAAUGUGACCGACUCCGCCGGCAACUCGAUGGCCCGUACGAGCGCACCGCGGAAGCUGGUGAUGCGUCAACUCUGCAUCGGCGGCCGAGCAGAGCUCACUGUGGAUGUGCCGGACAAGUUCGAAACCUUCGAGGAGCUCAUGGCUCGUCUCUGCGCGCAUUACCGCGCUGCGGAGCCUGGCGACUUCCGGAUGGUGAUGCGCGUGGAUGGGUGCACGAACCUGGACAAGGACCUCUGGAACAAGUCCUUUAUCGGCUCGGACGAUGUCUACGUGGUGCUGCGCAGCGAGGCGGAGCAGUUCGCGUCAGAGAUGGUCACGCUGCGGAACACCGUGGUGUGGACAGAAGCGAACACCAUCACCCUCGACGUCGUCAACCCGCAUCGGUUUUAUGUGUUGUUGAUUCUAAUGGGCUGCGGCGGUGGCAAGACGUACGAGAUUGGGCGGUGCUGCGUCAGUGCGGCACCGCUAUCCCAGGGCCACGUCUCGCGCCGAGACAUGUUUUUGUGUACGGGCGAGGGCAUUACCCGCAUGGCCACGAACGGCGUCGCGCACCUGCUGGCACGCCCCGUCAACUUCGGCUUCACUCCGGUUGACAUGGCCGAGAGCGUGGACGACUUCUACGAGCGUCUCAACCGCUUUUUCGUCCGCUACGACCCGCUCCGUCUGCCGGAGGUGGACAUGCUGGUGAAGGCCCGCUUGUCGGAACAGGAGACCUUCAUGCAAGAGCUGGUCGUCCAAUAUGGUCGUGAGCCCGGCACGGUGCGCUUGCUGAUCGCCGUCGAGUUCCUCAUCUCCCUCCGAGAGUCCGCCGAGAUGGACCUGGAUGAGAAGGAGGUGCGUCUGUUGAUCAGCAUGGGCUUCUCCACCGUGCGCACCAAGUCGAUGCUGGUUAGCCAGUUUGCGCCGACGAAGGUGAAGGAAAAGUACAUGUUCGACGUGGUGCGCGAAACCGACCUCAUCCGCAUUGAGGUCGUCAACGCGCGUCGGGAGGACGUCAUCUACGGCCGCGUCGACUUCAGCUGCCUUAACACGCAGCGCGGCGUGAUGAAUCAGCGCGAUUUAUACCUCGUCGGUGCCGCCGGCACACCUGAUGCGUACUUCAGCGGCAUCGUGCGCCUCAAACUGUACAGCGACGACGUGGGCCACACGUACGAAGUCGACACUGCACUCGAGGACAGCUACGCGGGGCGGCUGCGACGGUACGUGCAUCGACGCGUGCCGGAGAGUCUGCACCGCGUGAACCUGGCCGUGGCGACGGUGUUUGACAUGGAGUCGUUCAUGGCGCAGAUGAGUCUGCAGUACGGCGACGAGGACCCGACGUAUGCGUUGUACUUCACCGUCGUCGGCUGCCGCGACCUGCGCUCUGGCAUCGGUGGUGUGAACCCGUACGUGGUGGUGCGUCUUGGCAUCGACGCGUACCAGACGAAGACGGUCAAGUCGAGCGUCGAGCCCGACUACUUUGAGUUUUGCGAGUUUUACUACGAUCGCCCCGGCGACAUGGUGUUGACGCUGGUGGUGAUGGAUCAGUCAGAUAUUGGAAGGGAUGAGGAGCUCGGACGUGUUGCGAUCCCGUUGAUAGAUGUGCAGCCCUCCAAGCAGUACAACGAUUGGCUGCCGCUGCUGCUGGAGAAGAAGAACGGGAAGGUGAAGGAGAUGGGCACGAUUGGCUUCAAGUACACUGUCGUCGACCUCAACUUGGUGGAUCAGACCCGGCUGCGCCUCUUGAAGCGCCACGCGCUGCGCACCGAUAUGGAGGUGCCGGUUGUGAUGGAGGGGUUGCGCGGCAACCGCACCUCCACGCUGAGCUCGGUUGGCGGUACGAGCCGCGCAGACGUGACAAGCAACGCAGCGGCCACCAUCAAGCCGGGAACUCCGCAUCCCGUGAGCAGCACAGGCCAGCGGUGGAGCAACUUUAAAAAGUACUUUCAAUUGGCUCCGCUCACGGGCCGGACCCUUCGCACCGUUAGCUCCGCCAAUGCUGGCGCCUCCGACGUCAAGGGCUCGUCGAACGGCAACGAGGAGACCACGCACGUGGUGAAAGACCAGGACACCGUGUCGUUCAAUUCGACCAAAUCCGGUGUCCAGCGGAUGCCGACGCUCAACUUGAUGGACGGUGGCAUCCACUCCGUUGAGGAGUUCUGCUCCGCCGACGACAGUUUGUUGAACUCGAAUAUGGCCUCCGAGACGGAGGCUGACCUGUCCGCCUCGAUGGACUUCGCCACCGAUGAAGGCGCGGAGCAGAUGAACACGUCGGUUCUGCCAGUAGACGCGAACGAGUCGCCGAACGACGUACGCGGGCCGUCGAAGAUGCAGCUACGCGUGCGAUUGCUCAGCUGCACGAAUCUUUUGAAGCUCACCCGCAACCCACCGAACCCCUAUGUGCUGCUCUCCACUACGUGCGAGUCGCACCGAUCGCGGGUGCAGUUUGACACGACGGAGCCGAGGUUCAACGAAACCUUCAAGUUCCGAGUUGAGAACCCGAACACCGACUUCCUGUCCAUCACAGUGCUCACGGAGACGCUGUACGGGUCGAAGAAGCUGGGCCACUGCACCUUGUCCAUGCGCAACGUGCAGCGGGGCGCCAUGCGCACGCGCUGGACGUCGCUCGUCGUCCACCCUUUCAAACCGAACGCGACGGAGUACGGCGCCAUCUACCUCUCUCUCGGCGCCAUCAACUUUGGCAUGAACUACCUGCCGUCCAUGGACGCCGAAAAUCGUCUCCGCGAGAAACUUCGCGAGUAUUUGACGCUGCACGCACGUCCUCAGCUGCACCGGCUGGAGUGGUACGUGGGGGAGUUCUCGCAGAUGGAAAGUGUGCUGCUGGGUGGGUGGCUACACGACGGCGGCAGUGCUAGCGGAAACCUACACGGCGGUGUGGGCCACCGGAUGGCGCUGGGGGGCCGGAGUGGUGGGGCGGCAGACAGUCAUAUGCAGGCGGCAGAACUGGAGGUGUCCGUCUACGGCAUCUCGCACCUCUACGCGAACGGCUUCUUGUCGGAAGGCAGCGUGGUGGUGAAGGCUCGUGUGAACGGCCGCACCCAGGCCAAGACGAAACCGUUGGCCGGCACCCAGGGCAGCUUCGUUUUUCCCGAAGGCCAGGAGCCGCUGCGCUUCACGGUCGACCAACCCGCGACGGCACUGGUUGAGAUUAGCGUAAUUUUGAACGGCAAGAUUUCCGUCGGCGAUUGCUUUGUCUCGCUGGAAGACCUCCAUCGUGGCGUUGCGAAAGAACGGACGCUGAUGCUGGUGAAGGACUCCAAGUCCUCGCGCGCGGAGCCGAUCGGCCUCGUGACGCUCGGCGUGCUUAGCGACAACUUCGGCAGCUCCGCCCCCCCGCCCACCGCGGAGGACCUCGCAUUGCAUUCUCGCCUGACCCGCUUCUGUUACUUCUACCUCCCCACCGAGCUGGUGAUGGUCGACGUGAAAUAUGCCACCACGCUGAACGUCGCGGCCUACCUAAACCGAAUGGUGCAAAAGUACGGCCCUGAGCCGGGAGAGUUUCACCUGCGCUUCACUCUGGACCGCGUGCGAAACAUGCGUCUCCGCCGCGACGGCUCCCGCACACACCUUUUCUGCAUCUUGCGGGUCGGGCUACAGGAGUUCCAGACCUCUAUUGUGGAGGGGGAAGCGGAGUUUGUAUUCUGCGAGAGCUUCGACCUCAUGGUUGGACUGCCGAGCCGGGAAAAGGUGGAGCUGAUCGUUAUGCGCUACUCUCCUUCCAAGAACAUCGUGGUGGGCCGCACCGCGGCCUCCCUGGAUGACGUGGAGAGGCAGGAAAAGAAUGACCUGGAACUGGCCCUGGUCGAUCACAGCGGCACCAAGGCGGCUUCUGUGUGGGGCGUGUUGAAGGUGUCGGUGUACCCGCAGGACUUUGGUCGAGAGCGUGGGGCGCAUCUUCGCACGCAGUCGUCGUCGGAGUUCGGCAUCGAUGGCGUCCCAAACCUGGCACAGACAACGUACUUGUUUAUGAACUCCACGACGGCGAUGGAGGCGACGCAACGACGUUACGGUAGCAGUAGGGCCUCACCGUUGAUGGCGCCAGGCAGGGCGGGGUCCGAAAAGCAGCUCGACAAGGGGUCAUCCCUUUCAUGGCAGCAGAUGAGGCGCGCUGACGAUCCCCUCUCUCGCGAGGAGAGUCUCUUCAUGGACAGGAGUAUUUCGCCAGCCGCGCUGAAAGACGGCACCUCCGCUUUCGUCACCAUCGUCGGCUUCGCAGGGCUGACGUUAAAGGAAGCCGAGGUGUAUCUGCGCGUCUCGGAGGGCGACACCGUGCUGCUCAAGACGAAGCCGAUCCCCGUCGAACAGCUCGUGGCGCUGGAACCAGCCUCCGCGACCUUCAAAGUUGAAAACGUUGCCGCCAACUACGAAAGCACCUACACGCUAAAACUGGGCGUGCGGAAUCUCUUCGUCGCUGAUGCCGUGUGCCACGCCGAUUUCUGCGUCACCCGUUGUCCCGCUAACCGGACCGUCGAGAAGCGACUGCGCCUGUAUGACGAGAGCGGCCGCUUCCUUGGCAUCUGCCGGAUAAGUGUCAACAUGCCCAAGGUGCACCUCCCCGUGCAGCAGUGGCGGCACCUAUCCCCGAGCGUCUUUGAGCCCUUGAUGGACGAUGUCGCGUCUCUCCUGGCUACCUACACCCCGAAGGAUCUGCGCCGGCUGGAUGUGCUGCUCUGCCGAUCUCGUGACAUACGCGAGCUGCACAGGUCGCUCCGUCUGCAGCUUGCGCCGAGCGUGGUCGCCACCAUCUACGUGGCAGUUCACAAAAUUGACUUCCACUCUGCCACGCUGCGCCACACGUGUGUGGUGGCGGCGACGGUCGGUCGUUUCACGUGCGAGGCGGAGCGCCGCCCGCCUGGUGCUUCUCCGGUUUAUCCCUACGGCAUGUCGAGGGAGGGCAUCGCUAAGCUGGAUUUCCCGCUGCUGCGCGUCGACAUCAGCGAAACAGGACCGGCGGCAUUGCUGACCCUCUCUGUCAGCGACCGUGCAUCGAAGAGCAAGGUCGAGGAGCUUGGCCGCACCGUCGUUUCUCUACGCGCCCUUCUCACACCGGCUGUGUUUACGAUGUCGGAGAAGGUGCAGGUGCCUCUGGUGUCUGUCCGACACGCCUCCAAUCGCGUUCACGCGGUGCUGAUCGGCACCAUUACCUUCAGCAUCUUGCCGCCCUCUUUUGAAAGCUACAGUUCUGUGGUCCGUUUUCCCACGCGAGUGGUGGAGGGAUUCGAUCGUGCCUACGUCCGCUACUACAUUCGCCGCAUCAGCCGAUUGCUGAACCACUACGACGACAACUCGCUCGUGGACAUCCACGCGCGCAUGUACGAAACCUACGUCUCCAACCGCGGGUGGGAGAGCGGGCUGCCGGCGUACUUGGCUGACAUGGUGGCCCGCUGGGGACCUGAGGUGGACGAGUGCGAGCCGCCGCCACCGAUUUCUCGUGGUAUGAACGCAGCAGAGGAGCCGCCAGCGGAUGCAGAGGACACCGCAAAUGAGGCAUCAAGACCGAAGGAGCUCACUGCAACUACAGCAAGCCGACUCCUAGAAUAA